UCUUUGAGGGAGAAGAUCAUGCAUUUAGAUUUGAUGCCAAUUCUGAGGCUGUGCGAGAUGCAUGGAUUCAGUCCCUACACAUUGCAAGCCAUGAAUGUUUAAAAAUGCAACUUCAAAGCUUGCGUGAACAACUACAUACCAAGACUGGCAGUGAUCCAAUAUGCUUAACUAAUGAGUCCAAUUCAAGUGUUGACUUUGAGUUCCACUCAGAUAAUGCAAGUCAAGAUCCAGUUCUGGAGGUUUCUAUAUCUUGUGCAAAUUUGAAAAACGACAAUACUGAUGUUCCACCAAAUGCACUAGUCAUUGUACACACAAUGUUGCCUCCUCAACAACAAGUUUGGAUGCACCAUAAUCAUUCAGAAAUUGUAGAGAAAAAUAACAACCCCCAGUUUUUGAAAACCAUUGGGUUUGGGGACAAAUAUGGAAUAGAUACCAGUACCAGAGUUAGGAUUACUGUUCAUCAUGUUGUUGAGAGAAUGACAGGAACGAUGAAGCAGCUGGGGCAAGCAAUUUUUACCCUACAGGAUUUAUUAAACAGUGUGGAUUUAAGAUUGUCAUUGCAAAUAAAAUCACCAUAUUCACAAGAAAAUGGAAUCAUAACCAUCACUGCCUGGAUUAAUGAUGAAAAAGUGUCCCUUUCACAACUUCAAGCACAACAGAGUGGGACAUAUAAUAAACGUCCUGGGGAAGCUUCGUUGGGCCACCAUUCCCAUUGUCUACAACAUCAUUUUAAUGAUAUUAUUAAGCGUUCAUUUCGUUUUGCAACAAACAAUGAAAAGAAUAUGAUUCAAGUUUCUGAAUACAUGGCAGAAAGCAAGUGGACAUAUGAAGUACCAAUACAGCUGCUGCGUUUAUGGGUUAAUGAAGAAAAAUACAUGAUAUCUAUGUUACAAGACCUUGGUGAGCUGACAUUUGAUGAAGGAUUUGUAGUUAAAGAGACAUCGGAUUAUUGCAUGAGUGCUGUCUUAACAUAUAACCAGCAUGUAGCACAUCUGAAUGAACAUGCAG